AACAAAGAAAGAGGUUAGGAAGCAACUGAAGAAGAGCCAUUAUUUAGUUCCUGAAAGUAAGAUCUUCGAUGUCCCCUAAUGAUUCAGGACUUGAGAGUGAAGCGUGUAAAAGCCAUGUGAAAAACGUUGCACAGGGAUAAUGGGCAGCCAAACCCUUUUUGACAAUGGUUCAGAAUAUCUCUUUUAAUUGAUUUACUUCCAUUUUUCCUCUUUCCCAUUAAAAGCCAUUUCUAGAAAAAUCAACUUCUAAUCAUUUUAUCAAGUGUGCCGCUUCUGAAGAAUACAACACAGCCAAGCCAGUUCCAAAUUUCUCAGUCUUCCUGAUCCAGCACAAACUCAGCUUGAGUAUAAUUGCAAAGUACAACAGAGAGAGAGGUAGCUAGCGAUGGAGCAGUUAGAAAUAACACCGAAGAAAUCAUCGUCAUCGUCAUCAGUGAGAUCAUCAUUUCACAGAGAUCCUCGUGGCUCCCUCGAAGUGUUCAACCCAACAACCAACUCGACGGUGCGCUCUCAGCUCCUCCGGAAAACCUGGACAGAACCGCCGCAAGAACCACGCAACCCAUUACCCUCCGAUGAAAUCAUCACCACCUCCUGGAUGGCCAACCCACCACCUCCGCCAGCCGGGGAAUGCGGCGAGGCGGCGCAGAGAGCCGCCGAGUGGGGUUUGGUACUGAAAACGGACACGGAGACCGGGAAGCCGCGAGGGGUGGCUGUUCGGAACUCCGGCGGGGAGGAACCCAAUGACAAAAUAGUCGGUUCCUCUUCCAGAAAGAACUCCAACAACUCUGACAGAAUCUCCGGCGACUCUUUUGACGGCGGCGCCAGCAAAGAAUUCGGCGGGAUUCCGAGAAUUUCGAAAGACUUGAAGGACGCUCUGUCGGCGUUCCAACAGACUUUCGUGGUUUCGGAUGCUACCAAACCCGAUUACCCGAUUAUGUAUGCCAGUGCCGGAUUCUUUAAGAUGACGGGUUAUACAUCCAAGGAAGUCAUAGGAAGAAACUGUCGGCUUUUACAGGGUUUGGAUACAGAUCCGGAGGAAGUGGGAAAGAUUAGGGAAGCGUUGCAAGCAGGGUCCAGUUACUGUGGAAGGAUAAUAAAUUACAAGAAGGAUGGGACACCCUUCUGGAACCUUCUCACUAUUUCACCAAUCAAGGACGACGAUGGCAAAGUGCUCAAAUUUAUCGGAAUGCAAGUGGAGGUUAGCAAGCAUACGGAGGGGUCCAAGGAGAAGAUGCUACGUCCCAAUGGAUUGCCCGAAUCAUUGAUUCGAUAUGAUGCUCGUCAGAAAGAGAAGGCUACAACUUCAGUAUCUGAGUUGGUGAAGGCAAUGAAGCGCCCCCGAGCAUUCAGUGAAUCAACGAACCGUCCCUUGAUCAUAAAAUCAGGAGGUGCUGAAGAAGAAGAAGAAGAGGAAGAGAAAACAGAAAAUAUAUUAAGGAGAAAAUGUGAGAGUGUGGCUUCAUUUAGACGGAGAUCACUAGGAGGAAAUAGAAAUUCAAUGGAAGGAAUCAGUGAGCUUCCUGAAAAUAAACAGAAAAACUCUCAUCGCCGUUCUUUCAUGGGAUUCAUCACAAAAAAUCAGUCCAACGAUGAAAGCAUCAAUGAUAAUGUUAUUGAGGAUGUUAGCUCUGAGAAUGAAGUUGAUGAGAGGCCUGAUAGUUUUGAAUUUGAUGAUAAAGAAAAGCAAAGGGAAAAGCGAAAAGGUCUUGAUCUUGCUACCACACUUGAACGUAUAGAGAAAAACUUUGUCGUUACUGAUCCAAGGCUUCCUGACAAUCCUAUAAUCUUUGCAUCUGAUAGCUUUUUAGAGCUUUCAGAAUAUAGUCGUGAAGAAAUCUUGGGAAGAAAUUGCAGGUUUCUGCAAGGACCUGAAACUGAUCCAGAAACUGUGAGGAAAAUAAGAGAGGCAAUUGACAACCAAACAGAAGUUACCGUGCAACUCAUUAAUUAUACAAAGAGUGGCAAAAAGUUCUGGAACCUGUUUCAUUUGCAACCCAUGCGUGAUCAGAAGGGAGAAGUACAGUAUUUUAUUGGUGUUCAACUUGAUGGCAGUCAACAUAUAGAGCCUCUUAACAACUGCAUCGCAGAAGAUAGUGCGAAGGAGGGAGAACAAUUGGUCAAACAAACUGCAGAAAAUGUUGAUGAGGCAGUGAGAGAACUUCCAGAUGCUAAUCUAAAACCAGACGAUUUAUGGAUGAAUCAUUCAAAAGUGGUUCAUCCCAAACCUCAUAGGAAGGGUAACGCUGCUUGGAGAGCUAUUCAGAAGAUCCUAGACACUGGAGAACAGAUAGGCUUAAAGCACUUUAGGCCAAUUAAACCUUUGGGGUCAGGAGAUACUGGCAGCGUACAUCUGGUGGAGCUGUGUGGAAGUGGUCAAUAUUUUGCCAUGAAGGCUAUGGAUAAGGGUGUUAUGCUCAAUCGUAACAAGGUGCAUAGAGCUUGCACAGAGAGAGAAGUCCUUGACAAAUUGGACCACCCUUUUCUACCUGCAUUAUAUGCUUCCUUUCAGACCAAAACACAUGUUUGUUUGAUAACUGAUUACUAUCCUGGUGGAGAACUAUUCCUGCUUCUUGACCGGCAGCCAACAAAGGUUCUCAAGGAAGACGCGGCGAGAUUUUAUGCUGCUGAGGUAGUGAUUGCAUUGGAGUACCUUCAUUGUCAAGGGAUAAUAUACCGGGAUUUGAAGCCAGAAAAUGUGUUGAUCCAGAGCUGUGGGCAUGUGUCUCUGGCAGAUUUUGAUUUGUCAUGUUUAACAUCUUGCAAGCCACAGCUUAUAAUUCCAGCUACAAAUGAAAAGAAAAAAAAGAAGAAGAAGAAACAACAGAAAAGUCAACAGUUUCCAUUGUUUAUAGCUGAACCAAUGAGAGCAUCAAAUUCUUUUGUUGGCACGGAAGAGUAUAUAGCUCCGGAAAUUAUAACUGGUUCAGGCCAUACUAGUGCUGUGGAUUGGUGGGCACUGGGUAUUCUUCUAUACGAAAUGCUUUAUGGGUAUACGCCGUUCAGGGGAAAGACAAGACAAAAAACAUUUGCAAAUAUUCUUCACAAGGACAUUAAGUUUCCCAAAAGAAAACCGGUAACUCUCCAUGCAAAGCAGCUAAUUCACUGGUUGUUGCACAGAGAUCCCAAAAACAGAUUGGGUUCACAGGAAGGAGCAAAUGAAAUUAAGCGGCACCCAUUUUUUCGUAGUGUCAAUUGGGCACUAAUUCGUUGCAUGAAACCUCCUGAGCUUGAUGCUCCUCCCUUACUGGCAACUGAAGAAGGAAAAGAAGCCAAAGAUGUAGACCCCGAGCAAGAGGAUUUACAAACAAAUGUUUUCUAAAAGGUUAGAGGAUGAAGUUAUAUGGCAUUCAUGAAACGCAUGAUGAAUUCUUUGCGUUUCUCAACAAUUAAAGGAAUUUCAAUCUGUUGCUUCAGUGGUGUAAAGUUUGAUGCGUUCAUUGUAAUUUAAGAAUGGAGUUCUACUGCAGUUUUUGAUAGUUUAUGCUACUAAGUUGGCUGGCCUUCCAAUAGGGGAUUAGGGGUUGGGGCAUCAUUCAGUUAGUCUAGUGUUGAAAUUCUUGUAUAUUUUUAUAAUAUUUUAAGUCAAUUAACACUAUAUGAUGUAAAAAGUAAAUCUGUAUUGUUAAUUUUUAUUUAAAAAAAGACCUCUAAUU